AAUUUGCAUUUACAGGGAAAAAGGAAAAAAAAAUUCAGACAAAAAAAAAAAAAAAAAAAAAAAGCUCUGCAAUUUUCGUUCUUGUUCAUCAUCAAUGGCGAACCCACCAAGUCGCGAGGACCUCAUCUACUUGGCAAAGCUGGCCGAGCAGGCCGAGCGCUACGAUGAGAUGGCGGAUACCAUGGAGAAGUACGUGACCCUGUUGCCGGAGAAAGCCGAGCCGACCGUGGAGGAGCGAAACCUAUUCUCCGUCGCCUACAAGAACGCCGUCGGUUCUCGACGAGCCUCGUGGCGGAUAAUAUCCUCCAUCGAGCAGAAGGAAGAGGGGCGAGGGAAUUCUGACCACGUGGCGACAAUCAAGGACUACAGGGCCAAGAUCGAGAACGAGCUUUCGUCGAUUUGCGAUCGGAUUCUUAACCUACUGGAGCAGAAAUUGGUACCCGCGUCUUCCGAUGGGGAUUCGAAGGUUUUUUACCUGAAGAUGAAAGGGGAUUACCAUAGGUACCUUGCUGAAUUCAAGACUGGGUCAGAUCGCAAGGACGCUGCUGAGAAUACCCUCUCUGCUUACAAGGCUGCUCAGGAGAUUGCGAAUUCUGAACUGCCGCCAACUCAUCCCAUCCGCUUAGGAUUGGCUCUGAAUUUCUCGGUGUUUUAUUAUGAGAUUCUGAAUUCUCCUGAUAGGGCUUGCAAUCUUGCUAAGCAGGCUUUUGAUGAAGCCAUAGCAGAGCUGGAUACGCUGGGAGAGGAAUCAUACAAGGAUAGCACUUUGAUAAUGCAACUUCUUCGUGAUAAUCUCACUUUGUGGACCUCAGACAUGCAGGAUGAUGGAACAGAUGACAUCAAAGAAGCUACCAAGCCUGAGAGUGAGCAGCAGCCGUGAAAUUUGUUAGUUCCAGCAUUGAAGAGUUCUCCUUCUCCUUUGUUUCUUAUUAGAGAAGGUGUUUGAUUCUAAUAUCCAACAAUAUUAUCAGUUUGUAAGAGUUUAUGCCUCUCUAUGCCUUGCAUUUAGAGGCAGUCUGGUAUGCAUAAGCCUAGGGUCUUUUAUUUUCCUUUUAUCAGUUUAUGCUUCUUCUCGCUUCGAUUGAUACCCAGAAACUUCAAAUCUAUGUUUUCAAUUGUUCGCAUGACAUAUGAAAGAAGUGAUUUACAAUAUUUUCCCAUAA